GUUCACCAGUGUCUGCAGUAUCCGUCGACAUCAGUCGACAUUGGUCGGCAUUCACCAAUGACAGGAGUGAAUGACGGUUUGCGGAAAAUUUCAAAGUUCCAACAAUGGUUUGCUUGACGUGUUGGUUAUUAAGUGUUACUGUUAUAUUAAUAAUAAUACGAGUUCUAUGUCUUGUUACUCGCGGUAAAGAUAAAAAUGUCUGUGUCGUUGUAUUGGGCGAUUUGGGUAGAAGCCCAAGAAUGGAAUAUCAUGCUUUAUCUUUCGUGAAAGAAGGUUUCACGGUAAAUCUCAUAGGUUACCCGGGUUCUCCGCCUUUGAAGGAGUUGCGAGAGAAUUCUUCCGUAAAAAUUCAUUAUCUAAAACCUCCUCCAGAGUUGCAGGACAGAUUGUCACGUUUGCCAUCAUAUAUUUUGAAAGUACUAUGGCAAACUGUUACAUUGGCUGCUGUGCUUUUUAAACAACACUCGAGUUAUUUGAUCAUGCAAAAUCCACCGGCUAUACCAACAAUAUUUGUUUGUUGGCUUUAUUGUUUUGCUGUGAGAGCACAGUUCAUUAUAGACUGGCACAAUUAUGCUCAUUCUAUAAUGGCUUUGAGUUUGGGAAGGAAUCAUUUGCUAGUUAAGGCAGCAAAGUGUAUCGAGACCUUCUUUGGGAGGCAGGCAUGUAAAAGUUUCUGUGUUACUAAGGCUAUGAAAAUGAAUUUAGAAGAAGAGUGGGGCAUCAAGGCUGAGGUACUUUAUGAUCGACCAGCAGAUGAAUUUCAUCCAAUACGGUUGGAAGAGAAGCAUGAAUUGCUAUUGAGAUUAAGCAAAACCUAUGAUGUUUUCAAAGGUGAUAAAAAGAAUUCCACAGCAUUUACAGAGUGUUUACCAGAUGGAGUAAUAGUACUGCGUCCCAAUAGACCUGGUUUAAUAGUAUCGAGCACUAGCUGGACCGAAGAUGAAGAUUUUUCUGUGCUACUAGAUGCUUUAGAAGAUUAUGAGAUUGUUGUUGAUACCAAUGAAUUGAAACUACCAGAUCUGAUUUGCGUGAUAACUGGACGGGGUCCAUUGAAAGAUUUUUAUAUUUCCAUAAUUAAAUUAAAAAAAUGGAAACAUGUAACUAUCAUAACACCUUGGCUUGAAACAGAAGAUUAUCCUAAACUAUUAGCAAGUGCUGAUUUGGGAGUUUCCCUUCACUCCUCAUCGAGUGGUCUUGAUUUACCCAUGAAAGUAGUAGACAUGUUCGGAUGUGGACUUCCUGUUUGCGUCUAUAAAUAUCAAUGCAUCCACGAGCUGGUGAAGCACAAUGAAAACAGCUUGGUGUUCUUGGGCGAUAGAGAAUUAGCUGACCAACUGAAAAGCUGGUUUAAGAAUUUUCCAAAUAGCACGGAACAACGGAAAAGAGAGGAAAGAUUCAAAAAUGAGUUAAUCAAAUUUCAGGAAUUGCGAUGGCAUGGUAAUUGGUCGCUCAAAGUGAAUGCAAAUCUUAACGACCGACCAAUCAUAGGCGUCCUUACUCAGGAAAUCAGCUACCACCUGAACCAGAAGUAUCCAGAUUCGUACACCAGUUAUAUCGCAGCAUCCUACGUGAAGUUCGUCGAAGGAGCAGGCGCACGCGUGGUACCAAUAUGGAUCGGUCAAAACGAAACCUACUACGAAGACAUUCUGCGGAAAGUAAAUGGAGUCUUAUUUCCUGGUGGUUCGACUUACUUUAAUCAAAGCAACGGUUAUGCAGAUGCCGGUGAAACGAUAUACAGAAUUGCCAAACGAGCCAAUGACAAUGGUGAUUACUUUCCUCUCUGGGGUAUUUGUCUAGGAUUUGAAUUGUUAACGUAUCUCGCCGCAAAUCGUGUUGAACACAGAAGCACGUGUUCCAGUAACGACCAGCCGUUGCCGCUGAAAUUUAAAUCUGAUUUUAAAGACAGCAGAAUGUUCCACGAGGUACCGAAUGACAUCGUUGACAUUCUUUGGAACGAAGAAGUCACAGCGAAUUAUCACCGCUACUGCGUGACAGAGCAAGAUUUAAAGAAGGUCAAUCUAACUAAGGAAUUUCGUGUGAUGUCGCUGAAUCAUGAUCGGAACGGUUUGGAAUUUAUUUCGACUCUGGAACACAAAGUCUAUCCAUUCUACGGUGUACAGUUUCAUCCGGAAAAAAAUAUCUAUGAGUGGAAGAAUACCAAGAACAUACCGCACGGUCGAAAGGCCACAAGAGUCAGUCAGUAUUUUGCAGAUUUCUUCGUGAACGAAGCACGCAAGAACAACCACAACUUUUCAACGUCUGCUGAAGAAUUAAAAAGUCUGAUUUACAAUUAUCCAACGACAUACACUGCCCUCCAGUAUUCGGCAUUUGUACAGUGUUACAUGUUCAAUGAGACGUCCUUGAAUCAGGCCCAAUUUUUUGGGACCACUUCCUAAGGUGUAACACAUGUUGCCAUAUGAGAAUUGAUAUCUCUGUGAAGAUAAUGAAAGAAGAGAAUGAAGUAAAUGAAUAGGAUACCUUUUAAUUGUUCAUUUUUUAAUCUUAAUUCUAUUUUUUUAUUCAUCUGUCGUAUGUCAUAGUUAUUUUAAGGGUGCUGAUUGGAACCUGCAAGUUUAUGGGGCUUUUUUUAGAUAAUAGAAUACUGACUAUCCUGUUGCUGUUUUAUGUGAACGCUACCCUAAGGGUGGAGCUAGUAUCGAAAUUGCGUCCCACGCUUAUAUCCAUGGGGUUCUUUACCUCGGGGUGAAGAGCCUUGGAUAAUUAGUAAUUGGAGACUUCCUCUCACGAGCUAGGCGAGACAAAUUUCAUUGAACUGUACAUGACGGGUAAAAGAAAAAAGAUUGCUAAAAGAAAUCAACCCUCUGUAUCCUGUGCGAAUCAGUCUCCCUUACCUUUGGAUCUUUCUUAAUAUACCUUGCACAUACGUGGAAA